AUGAAUUAUCAAGCAUUGAACCGAGCAGCGCUCGAUUCCUUCGUCACUCAACGAGUCUCGCGGGAGAUGGUGACAUAUCUGGCACAGCAGGCCUCGCAGGUCAUCCGAUGUGAGGCCCAUGUGACCAACACCGUCAAUCAGCACGGCCAACCCACACCUCCUUCGACUCCUCCUCUGGACCCGGCCGACCAGCUGCCCCCCCCUUCCUUCCAUCGAAGAGUCCAGGUGCCCACCCUCAUGAGCUCCCUCGUCUACCUCGGCCGUCUGCGUGCCCGUCUUCCCCCAGUCGCCAAGGGCAUGCGUUGUACUGUUCACCGCAUCUUCCUCGCCUCGCUCAUCCUGGCCGCAAAGAAUCUGAAUGACUCCAGCCCUAAGAACAAGCACUGGGCUCGCUAUACCGUGGUGAAGGGAUACCAGGGCUUCGGAUUCUCCCUGCCUGAGGUGAACUUGAUGGAGCGUCAGUUGCUCUUCUUACUCGACUGGGAGACUCGCGUGACCGAGGAGGAUCUGUUCACUUCUUUGGAACCUUUCCUGGCUCCUAUUCGUCAGCGUCUACAGGCUGUUGAGCGCCAACGCAAGGCCGAAGAAGAGGAACUUCAGCGCAAGCAACAGCACCGUGAAUGGCGCCGUCUCCACCAAUCUGCGGACAUGCUGGCCAACCGCCUUCGUCGUCAGAAGAUUGAUGCCCGUAGUGACAACCGCAGAGCCGUCGACAACUCUCUCCGUCGUCUGCCCAGCCAUGUCUCCUGCCCUGCCAUCCACAACCCAGACAGCUCGCUUCAGUUCGUCACUGAACAGGAACGCUACAAUCCUUAUCCUCGCGCACGCUCAUCCCCCAACCGCCCUGGCCGUUCCAUCUCGCCCCCCUCCAUCCGAGAUGUCCCCGGUCUAUCUCACGCAGAGACGUUUAAUUCGCUGUGCUCCCGCUCAUCCAGCACAGCCCCCAGCUCCCGCGGCACUCCUGCCAGUAUUAGUACAUGCUCAUCUCACGGAACUGACGAUGUGAUGCUCAACGACCCGAGCUCCAGCCCCUCCGUCUCCCUGACAUACGGCUAUGUCACCGUCGGCCCCAUGGAUUCAAAGCAAGCCUUCGAACCCACUCGCCAACCUUCCAAGAAAUUGAAAGUCACCGGCCACUCCCACAGCGGAGGCUUCGUGGCACGCUUCUUGGCCUCCGCCACCGGUUCCUACAUGGGCAGCCGUAUCGGUCGUCCCCACGCAUAA